AUGUUCAGCCUGAAGAUGCUCCCACUUCUGCUCUUCCUCCACGUCCAGCUUUCCAGGGCCUUUCCAGUAUCUUUUGCAUCCCUAGAAGAGAAAAAUAGAAACAUUGUUCAGAAUUACCUAGAGAAGUUCUACCAGUUGCCAAGGUACAAAUAUAAGUCUGAAAGAAAGAGCAAAACUAAUGUGAUUGUUGAGACACUUAAAAGAAUGCAGCAAUUCUUCCGGCUGAACGUGACAGGGAAGCCAAAUGAAGAAACCUUGGAGAUGAUGAGAAAACCUCGCUGUGGAGUGCCUGACUCGGGCAACUUUAUGAGAACCCCAGGAAACCCCAAGUGGGAAAAAACUAAGCUGACCUACAGGAUUGUGAACUAUACCCCAAACUUGACACAAACAGAUGUGGAAGCACUUAUUGAGAAAGGCUUUAAAGUCUGGAGUGACGUGUCACCCUUGACCUUCAACAGGACCUUGGACAAAGAAGCAGACAUCCAGAUUUCUUUUGCCCAAAAAGAUCAUGGGGACAAUUCCCCGUUUGAUGGACCCAAUGGAAUUCUUGCUCAUGCCUUUCAGCCGGGCCCAGGUAUUGGAGGAGAUGUUCAUUUUGAUGCAGAAGAAACGUGGACCAAAACCUCUGAAAAUUACAACUUGUUUUCUGUUGCUGCCCAUGAAUUCGGCCAUUCCUUGGGGCUGGCUCACUCCUCUGAUCCUGGGGCCUUGAUGUAUCCCAUCUACACUUUCAGGGACCCCAGCAGCUACUCACUGCAUCAAGAUGACAUCAAUGGCAUUCAGGCCAUCUACGGACCCUCAAGCAACCCUGUCCAACCUACUGGACCAACCACCCCCACCGCCUGUGACCCCAGACUGACAUUUGAUGCUGUCACCACGCUCCGUGGAGAAAUACUUUUCUUCAAAGACAAGUACGUCUGGAGGAGGCACCCUCAGCUACCAAUGGUGGAACUCAAUUUCAUUUCUCUCUACUGGCCGUCCCUGCCAAAUGGCAUACAGGCUGCUUAUGAGGAUUUUGACAGGGACCUAAUUUUCAUAUUCAAAGGCACCCAGUACUGGGCUCUGAGUGGCUAUGAUACUCUGCAAGGUUACCCCAAGCAUAUAUCAAGCUAUGGCUUCCCAAGCAGUGUCCAAGCAAUUGAUGCAGCUGUUUCCUACAGGAGAAAAACGUACUUCUUUGUAAACGACCAGUUCUGGAGCUAUGAUGACCAAAGUCAAUCUAUGGAACCAGGUUAUCCCCAAAGCAUAGCAAGUUUCUUUCCAGGAAUAGAAAGUAGAGUUGAUGCAGUUUUCCAGGAGAAUUCCUUCUUCCUUUUCUUCAGUGGACCAAGAUAUUAUGCAUUUGAUUUCCAUGCUCGUAGAGUUACUAGAGUCGACAGAAGCAAUAGAUGGCUUAAAUGUAGAUACAGUUGA